CUUUCCGUUCCAGGUGACUCCCAUUUCUGUGCGCACUGACAGACAGACAGCGGCUCUCUGCUCACAGUCGAGCCAAAGCUACAACACAGCUCGUAGUCUGUGGAGAGAGAGCAGCGAGCUGACGCAGCAGCAGCAGGCGGAGGAGGAGGAGGCGACAGGCGGCGGCGUCUAGCAACAGUUCGCGGAGAGGUCCGGUUAGCGGUUAGGAGGAAUUGGGUGUGAGUGUCUCCAAACGCGUUUAGUUUUUCUUUUUCACAAUGAAGAAAUUAAAAAAGCCCACAUCCUGACGUCCGCACUGUGGUCAAUGACGGUCUGUGGCGGCGUUGGUGACUGACAUGGACACUUGUGAUAACAAGGAUGUGAAGCUUUCAGCUGAAGUGGAACCGUUCAUCCCACAGAAGAAAGGUCUCGAAGGAUCCCUCGUCAGCAUGAGUCUUUCUGGAGAGGCAGGUGGAGGAGGAGGGGGCGGAGGUAUAGGAGGAGGCACCGGAGGGGUGGAAACCACUCCCAUACCCAGCUACCUCAUCACCUGCUACCCUUUCGUCCAGGAGAACCAACCCAACAGGCAACAUCCGAUGUAUAAUGGAGGGGAGCUGCGCUGGCAGCAGCCUAACCCCAGCCCCGGUGGUUCAUAUCUGGCCUACCCCAUCUUGUCUUCCCCCCAGCCUCCUGUCUCCAAUGACUAUGCUUACUACCAGAUUAUGCCCGCUCCAUGCCCACCAGUGAUGGGCUUCUACCAGCCCUUCCCCGGCACUUACGCAGGUCCCGUGCAAGCCGGGGUGGUCAACCCUGUCUCUGCAGAUGUCAGUGAAAGACCACUGCCUCUGGGGCCAGCAUACGGGAUGGCCAGUCAGAGGGGGAGAGGCAUGAUCCGAACUAAUGUUCUCCCAAAGCAGCAGUUGGGUAUGUGCCAGCCUCCAAGGGGUCGCCGGCCACCAACCAGGAGUGUAGCUGUGCAGAAGGAGGUGUGCACCUUUGUGCCUGAUGGUAGGACCAAGACUGUCAUGCUGGUGGAUGCAGCACAGCAGACUGAUUUUCCCGGUGAGGUGUCUGGGCGGAGUGCCGCAGAGCGAGGUAGUCCCCUGCUGUGGAAGAACCGAACAAAGAGAAGACGGGCGUCCCAUCCAGGAGAAAUCUACAACGAGCAGGGCGCCAGUGAAGCAGAUAUAGACAGCGACAGCGGUUACUGUAGCCCCAAACACAACCACGCGACGGGAGUGACACAACGAACAGCAGAGAAUACAGCAGCACCCACGGGAGUCGAAGCAGGUGUAAUGACAGCAGGUACCUGGGUAAAUGUUGCCUCUCAGGCUACCCCAAAGUCCUGGGGGGACAGGAACGGCCAGUUUCACAGAGCAGACCAGAGGAAGAAUCCUGAACAGAGAAACUUCUCACAGGAUUUCCACGGUGGCUAUCAAGGCCGUGUGCCACCCAACCAGUCAGAACAGAGGAUACAGCCAGCGGUGGUUCCUGGCACUGAGCUCACCCCAGAGCCCCUCUACUUUGAGGAUGAAGAUGAGUUCCCAGAUCUGGCUACAGGAGGGGUUGUCCAACGCAACACCAAACCAGAAUCUGCUCCAUCCCAGACGCAUACACAACCUAAACUGCCCAAAAAUCUGCUGGAUAACCUACCAGAAAACUCCCCUAUCAACAUUGUGCAGACACCGAUCCCCAUUACCACCUCUGUUCCCAAGAGGGCCAAGAGCCAGAGGAAGAAGGCUCUGGCUGCUGCCUUGGCCACUGCACAGGAGUACUCUGAAAUCAGCAUGGAACAAAAGAAAUUAAAGGAGGCGUUCACCAAAGCAGCAGGGAAGAAGAGUAAAACCUCUGUCGAGCUGGAUCUGGGAGACAUGCUGGCAGCUUUGGAGAAAGAGCAGAAGGCUAUGAAGGCCAAACAACUCACCAAUACCAAGCCACUGUCUUUUACAGUUGGAACAACUACUCCAUUCCACGGUUCAGGCUCAACCAGUGUGCCGUCCAUGUUGAAGGGUCAUCAGCAGCUGUACUCGGCCACACAUAAUUCCCUUGAUUCCACCGCACCGCGAAUCAAGAGAGGGAAGGAAAGGGAGAUCCCCAAAGUAAAACGACCAACAGCCCUUAAGAAGAUUAUCUUGAAGGAACGUGAAGGGAAGAAAGGAAAGUCAAGUGUAGAACAAGAGUCUUCAGGCCAGGAGGAGCACGGGGAAGAGUGUCUACAUUUUACGGAUGAUCUCCCACGAGAGCCUGCCUCCCAAGAAGAUAAUGGUCUGAGCAUGCCCAGUGAUGCAUCCCUCUCGCCGGCCAGUCAGAACUCUCCAUAUAGCAUCACCCCAGUAUCCCAGGGUUCCCCUGCUAGCUCUGGCAUUGGAAGUCCCAUGGCUUCAAACGCCAUCACCAAGAUCCACAGCCGACGUUUCAGAGAGUACUGCAACCAGGUGCUGAGCAAGGAGAUCGAUGAGAGCGUGACUCUGCUGUUGCAGGAGCUGGUUCGCUUCCAGGAGCGGGUCUACCAAAAAGAUCCCACCAAGGCCAAAUCUAAGCGCCGCCUGGUCAUGGGUCUCCGAGAGGUCACCAAACACAUGAAGCUGCAUAAGAUUAAGUGUGUCGUCAUCUCUCCCAACUGUGAGAAGAUCCAGGCCAAAGGUGGUUUGGAUGAAGCUUUAUACAAUGUAAUCGCCAUGGCGAGUGAGCAAGAGAUCCCGUUUGUGUUUGCCUUGGGCAGAAAGGCUCUUGGACGCUGUGUCAACAAACUAGUGCCUGUUAGUGUGGUUGGCAUCUUCAACUAUUCUGGAGCUGAGGGUCUCUUCAACCGACUGGUGUCUCUGACAGAAGAGGCGAGGAAGGCCUACAAGGACAUGGUGUCUGCUCUGGAGCAAGAGGCAGAGGAGGCUCAGAAAAAUGAAAAGAAGGUCCCGUAUCAGAUGGGGCAUUAUCGCAACCACUCUGCUGCCUCUGCUGUGUCCUUCUGCUCCAUCUUCUCUGAGCCAAUCUCAGAGGUCAAUGAAAAGGAGCAUGACAUCAACUGGAGGAAUAUGGUGGAGACGUCAGAUGCCCUGGAGCCUGUAGAGCCUGAGCCGAGUCGCCCUCCACCUUCCACAGCCAGCCAGAGAAAUGGCGAGGCUCUGGCCACCCCCAGCAUCGCUGCUCCUUCCACCACUGCUCCCCAGCCCAAGGCAGCACCCCUGACACAGGGUACCGGUGAGAGAGACGAGGUCCGUGUGGACGACCGGCUGGAGCUGGCCUCUCAGCAGAGCACAGAGACGGGCUCGCUGGAUGGGAGCUGCAGAGGCCCGCUGAACUCCUCCAUCACCUCCACCACUUCCACCUUGGUCCCCGGGAUGUUGGAAGAGGCAGAAGAGGAAGACGAGGAGGAGGAGGACUACACUCCUGAACCUAUUUCAGUGGAGGUGCCCACCCUCAGCAGCCGUAUCGAGUCAUGGGUGUCGAAGACCCUGGAAAACCUGCAGCUGGGAAAGAGCCAGGAAAGCACGGAAGAGGAAGACGAGGAGGAAGACGAGGAGGAGGAGAGGGAGCAGAGUGAGGACGAGGAGGAUCUUGAUUCGGCGGACAUCACAGUAACUGUGAUUGAGGGCAACGAGCAAGUGGAGGCAAAGAAAGUCACGGGCUGAUGUCGUCUCACUUCUUGCAUACAGUCAUUCCCUCUGUCCUGUUGCACUCACACACCCCUCUUGACAGCAGCCAGCAGCUUUUUCCUCCUUUUGUCUGUAACCCCUGACACCAGACAUAAUCUCAGGUAUCCAACCCAACUGACCAACACAAACACAAACACACACACACACACACACACACACACACACACACAUAUAUACAUAUAUAUAUACGCACACGCCAUUAACACAUUACAGAGAAACUGACCAACUCACAAACACACAGGGUCACAGACCAAACGAUAACUAACACGAGUUGAAGGAUUAGGAGUUGACACCAACACAACACCCAUCAUGUAAUUUAAAAAGGAUGCCCUCACUUCUUCUUCUUCUGCCCAUAACCUGCAACACUUGAAUUCAGAGGAAAGUCUUUUGAUUUUUCUCCUCCGAAGCUGAACUCUUUAUUUUUUUUUUAGAGUCAGGGACGUUUUCUGGGAGCAAGUGAUGAGCGCUUAAGAGAGAGGGGGGAAAAAAAAAAGAAAUGAACUGCUGUCUGUAGCUCACAGAGAAGGGCGGUCCCAUCUUACUUUAUACAGAGCUCAGGAGGUUUACAGCUCUGCAAGUAUUUGUGUGUGCGUGUGCGUGUGUUUGUUUUGCAGGCACAUAGUUUGCAUUUAUUUUGCUGUGUUCAUUAGCUUUAUCUUUGUAAAUAAUGUGUGUAUCUUGUUUAUUUCUUUCACCUAACUGAUCCACGAGGAAAGGAGACACGUGCAUUUCUUAAUUACUGCUUGGUUGGUAUUUAGCUUUUCCUCACAGAAUAUUACAGUGUCAGGGGUUCUUGUUUUUCUACCAAAACCACUCCCACCCAUCAGUCUUCAGAGUUUUUUUUUUUUUUUUUUUUUUUUUUUUUUAAUGUCCAAAUAAUAAGUGGCCCAUUCUGUAUUCAGAUGAUUCAAACGACUUAACUUCUAAGAAGCAAAAGAAGCUUUGUGUAUAUAACCUUGUCUAUGUGGUUCUACUAAAAGUAUAUAAUGGUUUGUCAUAUUGAUCUUGCCUAGUGUGAAACUAUUUGGGGUUGUUUUUCCUCUGACUGGAAUUGUCUUGAGUUCCCAGAUGCUGCCUGUGCUUCAUAUAUAAAAAGAAAAAAAGAAAAGUGCUCUUGUUUUGUUCUCUCCCGUGGUGUUUGUUGUCUGAUAGGGAGUAAUGACUGUUUUUGGAAGCCUGAUUAUCAAAUAUAUCAACACUGAGAUCUUUUUCCAUCCACCUAGAAAGAUUUGUUGUGUUGUUUUGGCAAGAAGGAAGUUGGACACAGAACUCAGAAGAAGAAAGUCAUUAAGUCAAUGUUGUUUUUUUACCAGCAUCAAGUCUUUUUCCUUAGAAAAAUGCCUCUUAAAUAACUUGGAAAGGAAAAGCAGGUGUUUACUCGUAUUAAGGCAGUUUAACAAUUCCCAAGUAAAGUUUGUUUACAACUAAAAUGAAUCCUGGUAGAGCUCUUCUAGAUUUUAUAGACAGAUUUUGUGGGCACCCGGCUACAACCACAGCGGCGAACUCAAACAAGUCGAUACAAAUAUGAUAAACCCUUGUAAAUACAAGUGUACAAAGAUAUUUUGCGUUGUAUUAAAAAAAAAAAACAAUCAUCCUGUUCUUAAAGCCAUUUGAUAGUUUUAACAUUUAAAUCCAAUUUGAUAACGCUAUUUGAAUCAUGGUGAGACUUCAGCCAGUCGAUGGUGAUGCGGUGUGUGUAAAUGCAGUAUGUCGGGCUGUAUGCAAUGUGAAGCCCUAAGAUGGGAGACGACAGUGUACUGAAUAUCAUACUUGGGAUUAUGAAAGUAUUUCUAGUUUGAUUAAAAAGUACACUGUGUGUGUGUGUGUGUGUGUGUGUGUGUGUGUGUGUGUGUGUGUGUGUGUGUGUGUGUGUGUGUGUGUGUGUGUGCGCUUUUUGUUGCUAUGACUUCCAUCAAAGUGUUUGAAGUAUGUUAAUCGACAGCAAGUGUGUUUUUUGCACUAUGUAAAUACGUACUGGUAAAAGGUCUUGUAACUAAUGUGAAAAAAAAAAAGCAAAACAAAAAAAACGGUUCAAUGAAGUACUUUUUUCAGCGUGUUCCUCGUCUUUAUAUGGAUAUUUAAGACCGUCUCCUUCAGACUGUACAUCACUAGCAACAUUGUUAGAGGCUGUUUCUCAUAAUCCUGUUAUCACUCUUAACCUGUAUGGACUGAUGAUUAACAUCAUUAAAAUGUUGUUUAUGUAAA